AUGGAGACGCUGCUGGCGCAUUCGUUUGACUAUCUCUCGUCUUACGAGCCCAGCAAGAUCCGCAAAGGAUUGCGCCAGGUGGAGGGCCUGCUGGCGCAGAUAUGUCUGUCCAAGUCUCGGGCUUCCGCCGCAGCUGCGGACCGACGGCGCUCGCUGCUCUCCUUUGACGCGCCGCAGCCGGUGCCCAAGUCGCUGUCCGAGCUGCGCGAUGAUCCGGCCUUUCGGGAAUUCUUUAAGUUACAGGAAAGCUUCCAAUGGAACGUGGCCAUGCGCUUGGUGGCCUGUCUGGAACACCUCCUCGGACGAGGCAGCAAUGGCACAAACGACAUGCUCAUCGUCUGCACGCUGGACCUCAUCCAAGGCGCGCUCCUCCUGCACCCGCCCUCGCGCACGCUCUUCUGCCGAGAAAUCUACAUGAAUCUGCUCCUUGACCUCCUCGACCCAAUCAACUGCCCAGCCAUCCAGUCCGCAACGCUCCUCACCCUCGUCACCGCGCUGCUCGACUGUCCCGCCAACACGCGCACCUUCGAGAAUCUCGACGGUCUUCUGACAGUAACCUCUCUGUUCAAGCAGCGCGCCACCUCCCGCGAGGUGAAGCUCAAGCUCGUCGAGUUCCUCUAUUUCUAUCUCAUGCCCGAGACGCCCGUGCUUGCCAACGGCGCCAGUUCCCCCGGUCUCCAGCGCAGCCCUAGCAAACUCUCUCGAAACUCGCACGGGUCGAGGCCCGGCAGUGAAGGCGGCAAGCAAAUGCCCCGUGACACGCGCACAACGGACGAGAAACAGGCUCUGCUGGGCCGAUACCUGAAUAAUGUUGAGGACCUCGUGGAGGACCUCAAGGAGACUGCCCCAUUCGGGGCAACGGUGUACUAA